CAGACAUCUCAGCUGCGGGACUGCACGUGAGGCAGACAGAAGAAAAGCAGAAAACCUUACUAACGUGUGGAGAAGAGGAGCAUUUCAGCAGUAUGGGCUCUGCUCAGAGCAGUGACAAACUCCACUGUAACCGCUACCUGCGGGGCCACGGUCCUCCAUCACUGGUACAACAAGCUAAUGGAGAGGUGAACGGACUCUACAGAGUACAGAGUGGCUGCCAGCCAGAGGGCAAGAUGACCUGGGUGAUCCUCCACAGAGACCUGCCAGGAUUCCCUUAUGUGAACACCGUGCAGAUAAACUUCGUAUUCCCAGAUGGAAUACAGACAGACAAACACCCUCAUUCUGGCCAGCCUUACACAGGGCUGCGGCUCUGUGCUUACCUGCCUGAAAACCGUGAGGGCUGGAAGGUUGUCAAGCUGCUGGAGAAGGCCUUUAACCAUCAGCUCCUGUUCACUGUCUCCACCAAUAAAGAUGGAGAAGAUAUGGUUACUGCAGCCUCCAUCCCCCUAAAAACACAAACAGACGGAGGGAGCAGAGCCGGUGGCUACCCAGAUCCUGACUACCUGAAGACGGUGAGAAAGCUGCUGAGAGAGAAAGGCAUUGAAUAACACACAACACACUGCUGGAUGGACAGGUGAAGGCAGAGACUUCACACUACAGAUUAUCCUUGAGAGGCCUGAGAGUCUGUGCACUAAAUGAUUCUCUUUUUUGAAACUGUUACUGAUGGCUGUUGCUGUCAGUGUGUUAACUUGUAUAUUAUUACAAUAUUGCUUUUAGCAUUAUAACAUGUAUUAACUCCAGUUUUUCCUGUGUUUUGUGAAAUGGCAUGUCCUUGCAGGAGCCAUUGUUUUAUUGUAUCAGUACAAAAACAUGUUUUAAACUCAGAAUGAGCCAUUUUGUAGUAUUUAUACAGUAAUAUAAAUGGGCCAUAUCUAUGAAUGUGUGAACUAUAUAGAACCCUGAGUCCAAGAAAGGGGAUGCUGUAUAAAAUGUUAAAACAUGUGAGGGGGCAGUUUUUUCAUAAAAUAAACUAUUUUUUGAACUUA